AUGAACACUCUAAAUACAAUCAAUCCCCAUUACCACCUACCGCACCGCGCACCAGUGCCCGCACCCUUCCCGGCCUACCCAAUCACCCACAUGCCACGCCGUAUGCUUCCCACUGGUGACUGCGGCUUUGUUGUCUACUGCGCGGACCCCCUUCCACCUUUCGUCUUCAACGCGGCCCAAUCAGUGCGCUGCCAGUGCCGUAGUUACUGGCCAAACCCGCACACACCCGACCUGUGCGCUUGUGGGCACCAUGCCUGCUAUCAUUCAAGUACGCCGCAACAGAGUACUACUACUGCCCCUCCUGCACCAACCCCGGCACCUCCAGCACCUAGCAGCCCGAGCAGUGUGUUGACAAUGGGCGCAGUUGCAAGCCUGAUGAAGCGGAUAUCGCAGCUAGAGCAGGAGCUCGAGGCACAGCGGGAGCGAGAGUUGAAGAGGGAGUCACAGUCACGGCUACAGUCGGGGCCCGAGAUGAAGGAGGUUGUAUAUGGGCUGCGCGGGAUCGACGAGAAGGUUGAUGAGUUGCUAGAACGGAUGGACGAGGCCGAAGAGCGGUUGAGCGGCGCAGAAAGGAUUGGGGUUGAGUUUGAGGGGAGAUUAAACGAAUUGGAGGUUAGAGCAGACGAGAUUGAGGAUGAUGUUACAGGCUUAGUGAGGCAGGACGAGGAGGAUGAGGAGGAAGAGGAGCGAGAAAGGUUUGAGAAGAAGGAAACGGUGAGGAAUAUGGAAAUAGAGACAGAGUCGGGGUCGGAGUCGGAGUCAGAGACUGGAGGGAAUGCGGCGGUAAAGGUGGAGCCAGUGACCGCAACGGCGACUGGAGGAAGAAUGGCCGAGAAAGUUGUUGAUACAAAGGCGGCGGCGGCGACAACAGCAGCCAAGAGUGCGGCGAUAACAACCGCGUGCAUUAUCCUCGCACAGCCGCCAUUCAACAAGACAUUCUCCCUGAAGCGCCGGAGUUCUGACAGCAACCUCCUUCUCGUCGAGCACUCGAGCCAUCCGGCGGCCAAACGGAUACGGUGCCAGUCUAGUGGCGGUAAUAUUUCCGCAUAG